AAAGUUGCCGUGAUACGCGCGGAAGUGUUAACUACUCAAACGCUUGCACUUGUGUUCUAUUUGCUUUCAGCGACGAGGAGAGAUAAUAGAGGUGAAAGGGGGAAUGUUCAUCCUGAAUGAUUUUGGUUUGUUUACCGAGUUAAACUACCGUUAGCGGACCCUUUGAAUUUUCCUCUGAUCAGGUAAAGCUUCUUUAGGUGUGAAUUCCCUGUCAGUCAUCGCAAGAUUUAUAUGUCGCUUUUCACUGGGGAGAUCUUCUGGUGUUCACAAAGCCUCUUGAGCAAAUCGUUGUUUGCGCUUCAUGCGAUAAUGGAUGGAUAGAGAGUGAUGAGAAAGUAUCAACUGGAAUCUUUGAACUGUCACGCUUAUUUUUGGAUUGUCAUUUAUGACUUGGAUGUGGCAUUGUUUACUCUCUGUGGCGCUGUUGAUAUUGGACCCAACAAUUUUACGCGGGAAUUGUGUGCACGGAUAUGAUAGAAAACUAGAUCGGGAUUUUCGUCUGUCGUUGGGAAUAGUGAGAAAUGUUCCAUGGUGAAACUAAGGGAUUGACACACGGAUACCCCUCUGACUCGCUUAAAUUCCGGGGUCAGCGACGGGCAGGUGCGUGUUGGAAUCGGCGGCUGCGCGCAGUGACUGGGGUCGUGGAUUAGAACCACACCGUUUGAGGAGAGCGCGUGUCAUGCGGACUCGGGUGUCGCACGCUGGAAGGCUUUAAAACCUGUGGUCAGGAGCUGACAGAUAAGCGGAUAUGGGCUCUGCUAUGCGGCGCCGCUGGCUGAUGGUACCGCUGCUCAUGCAGGUGUGGCUGGCUGCAUCUCCAUCCCUCAGCGAGCGCCCAUGCCCCAAAAGCUGUCGCUGCGAUGGGAAAAUCGUCUACUGUGAGUCAAGCGCCUUUCGUGAUGUCCCCAAGAACCUCUCAGGGGGCUGCCAAGGCCUGUCCUUACGUUACAACAGUCUGGCCAGUCUCAGAGCCGGACAGUUUGUGGGCCUCAACCAGCUCAUCUGGCUCUACUUGGACCACAACUACAUUGCCUCUGUGGACGUACUGGCUUUCCAAGGCGUUCGGAGGCUCAAGGAGCUGAUCCUGAGUUCCAACAAGAUCACAAUGCUCCACAACACCACUUUCCACCCUAUACCCAACCUCCGCAACCUGGACCUGUCUUACAACAAACUGGCGGCCCUGCAGCCGGGCCAGUUCCAGGGCCUCCGCAAGCUCCUCAGCCUGCACAUGCGCUCCAACUCCUUGAAGAGCAUCCCCGUGCGUCUGUUCCAGGACUGCAGAAACCUGGAGUUCCUGGACCUGGGCUACAACCGCCUGCGCAGCAUCACCCGCAAUGCCUUUUCAGGCCUGCUGAAGCUGACUGAGCUGCACCUGGAGCACAACCAGUUCUCUAAGAUCAACUUCUCCCACUUCCCACGCCUCUACAACCUGCGGGCCCUGUACCUGCAGUGGAACCGCAUCCGCUCCAUGAGCCAGGGCCUCACCUGGACCUGGACCUCCCUGCAGAAGCUGGACCUGUCUGGUAAUGAUCUGCAAGAGGUGGAUGCUACGGUCUACCAAUGCCUGCCCAACCUUCAAACACUCAAUCUCGAUUCCAACAAACUGACCAACGUGUCCCAGGAGACCGUGUCGGCCUGGAUCUCCCUGACCACCAUCAGCCUGGCGGGAAAUGUGUGGGACUGUGGCCCUGUGAUCUGCCCCCUGGUGGUCUGGCUGAGGAACUUCAAGGGGAACAAGGAGACCACCAUGAUCUGCGCCGCCCCAAAGGAGGCCCAAGGUGAGAAGGUCAUGGAUGCCAUAGACACCCAUGGUGUGUGUCGGGCUACCGCCAUCACACCCCUCACAGCCAGCACCACCCCCUCUAAAGGCCCAGACCAGACAGAACGCCACCCAGCCUACCCCACGCCCCACACCGGAUCUGGGAAGAGGGGAGAGGGAUCCAGAGGUGGCCCUACAUCUUCAGCUGUCACCCCGCCCAUGGAACCACCACCUGAGCAUGAGUUUGAGCCUGUGUCCUUUCACAAGAUUGUGGCGGGGAGCGUUGCUCUCUUUUUGUCUGUGGCGAUGAUCCUGUUGGUGAUCUACGUGUCGUGGAAGCGCUAUCCCAGCAGCGUCAAGCAGCUGCAGGAGCACUCUGCCGCAGCUCGCAAACGGCGGAAAAAAGCCAGAGAGACAGAGCACACGCUGAGCUCCCCACUGCAGGAGUACUAUGUGGACUACAAGCCCACCAAUUCGGAGGCCAUGGACGUGCUUGUCAACGGGACUGGAUCCUGCACCUGCACCAUCUCAGGCUCCAGGGAAUGCGAGGUCCCGCACCAGAUGGGCACGCUGGCGUAUUACCGGUACGAGCAGCCUAUCGUGGACUACUGCCAGGCCCAUCAGCCCCUGCGGCUCAACAUGGGCUAUGAGGGUCCCCCGCAGGGCCUGGAGGAGCCGGGGCCACGUGAGAGAACCACCAUACAGACUGUAUCGCUGCCCGCUGUGCCCUCUGCUGCCACAGUGGGGGCCGGGCCCCGCUCACCGCCCUCUAUCCUCAGAGCCCCGUCCCAGGUCCCCGGUGGCCCCUUCCCUCUCCAAGAGCGCACCACCACGCUCACCUUUGGACGCUAACAACUGGAGCGAGAGUCUGUCGUUUGAGGUGGGGGGGAUGCCACAGAUCCACCAUGACUCUUGAAUAGAGGGCAAGGGAGCAAGGGGGUUCUGUGGGGCCUUUUUCGGCACAUUGGCAUGGGAUGGCCACAAGGCGGCAGAGGUAAAAAGACGAGAACAAAAAUUAUCAAUUUAAAAAGAGGCCAUUGGCAUCUGGCAACUGGAAUGUGACCAUUAUGAAGGCUGAUGCAUCCUGGGAGUUCUGCUAUUAUCUCUUUUUCUUUUUCCAAACACUUCAAAGUGGACCUGCUACUCCCCUCGUCUUGGCUUCUGGGAAAUAGAAACGUGAUGCAACGUGCAUGACACGUUAAAGCAUCGAUUUGGUUAUAGCUCUGCUAUAUGGUUAUAGCUCUGCUAUAUGGUGCCUGUUCCAAGGAAUGGAUCAUGGCAGUUCUCUCAUGCUGUGUUAGGAGUGAGAAAGGAAUGUGCAAUAAACAAUAUGUCUGGAGGACAAGAAAAGAAAGAGAGCAACAUCAUGAAACAAAAUGUUUACCAGAACUCAAAGGCUCGCUCUUUUUCCCAUGAAAAUUGCCAGUCAGGGGUCAUAAUGCCAUGGAAAUCAUUAUUUCAUUAAAAUGAGUAAAUUCUUAAAAAAGAAGAAUGUUGUCGUGAGAGAAAACAAGUAGAUUAUUGUAUUGUUUCCAUACUGUAUUGUCAGUAUGUUCAACUAUGGAGGUCAAGGUCUGAGUUUUAUUCAUGUGCUCAUGUCGUACCAAAGAUGUAUUAUUUUAUGUACAAUAAUAGCAUUUGUUUAUACUUUUUGUUUCUGAAAACAUAACUGGUACACAUUAAAUACAUGCAUUAGAUGGUUUACCUUUUUAUAAAUGUACGUCUGCCAUCUGCAUACAGUAUGUACAACCAAAACACAUAAUAAUCUACAGAGGCUGCCGAGUCAAAUGUCUGUAAAUGGUUGAGAGAGCCUACUCAGUUAUCAUUACGAAAAGACAAUUUUAUGGAGUCCGAUUGAAAAUGUAGGAAGCAUGUGCAAUGGGGUGUCAAGAUUUGGCAGCUGGCUCGAGUUGGCCCACCAGAUUAUACUAUCUAUGGUCUGACUAAUUCAUGAGAUGUAUAUCUAUUUCAUUAAAUACUUUUAAAUGGAAUUGCUGGAUGUGAAGUGUUCGGGCAGAAUUAAGGUAUUUUAAAUGCUGAUGCUUUGCAAUGCUCAAUUUGAUCAAAUUGGGCAAAGCAAUGAACAAGGAGGUAGGUAGGUCCUUCGAGGGGGUCAACUAAAGGUUGAAUCUCUUACCACCUGUAAAGGCCUAACUAACCAUUUUAUAUAUUUCAUUUCUAAAAACAAUGCUUGAUUUUCUUGCAACUGGCCUGUUUGUGAGGUAAGCGGCAGGUAUGCUGGUGGAUUGGUGAUGUACUGCUCCUGUGCUGCCCUCUCCUCUCUACUCCCUUAGAAACACAGCAGACAAAGAGCCCAGUGCCUCACGGGGGCUUGUUGGGCUGACUGACUGGCACGUUGAUGCGUCUUUGACAUCCAGAUGAACUCAUUGACUGUGGUGGACUACCACUGGGGAUGGAUAUUGCCUGUUAAAAACACAGCCCUUUGCCAGCAAGUGUGCCUGACUGUGUUUGAACUCCAACCAGAUGAAUGUGGACACUGUCUCUGUCACCCAUGAGCACUAUUGGACAUCCUUUACCGUCGAUUGAUGGAGUUGAUGAUGGACUGGAUCCUUUGUUGUGGUGGCUUUUAAACAGGCAUUCCCCACCCCUCACUCCCUAUGUCCAAAUCAAACACACACACUGCUGUCAUUUUUUUAUCUCUCAAGUUCAACACCCUGAGGUCUGUAUAAUGGAGGAGGGAGCACAUCAAGCCACCUAUGUACAUGGCUCCCCAUGAAGGAGAAAGCCUGAGAGGGCAAAGAGAAGGGAGGUCCAGGAGACCGCCGGCCGAGAGGUGUGCUUUUUUGUAUGUUUCUUGAUCGGAAGCAAAAGUGUACAUUUUUGAGAUGAUCAAUGAUGUCAAGCAAUUCUAUAAAAAGACUACAUCAAAAGGACAAAAUCCUUUGGGACUUAUUUAUCUUGUAAAUAGAGAAUCUUUAAAAAGGAAAAAGUUACGUAUUUUGCUUCUUCUGAAACACAAACUGCUUGUGGCCAGAAGAGGAGCCUUAUCCACGAGUCGGAGUGAGGGGGGGGAGUCUGUCCAGAAGAUGGCUUUGGGAGGGAGAUGAUGAUUCCCACCAUAUCCUCUCCUCUCAAUGUUUUAAUUAUAAAUAUUUUUCUACCUGCUCCCACCUCCCUCCAGCAUGUCACUAUUCCUGCAAACAUUGUCCAUCACUGAGGUUAUUACUAAUGUCUCAAAGUCACACCCCUACCAGAACCACACAUGACAAGGAAUUUGGGAGCAAUAUCAUUAAGAUUUGAAGUGUCAAAGGUACAAAGGGAUAGUAUAUCAUUCAAUUCUGGCCUGUAGUAGAGUAUUUCAAAUAAAUCAAAUAAAUAUAAUUUUAUUGGUCACAUGCACCCCCCCACAAAGUAUUGGUUGCAUUACAGUGAAAUGCUUACAAGCGUAUUCCCAAUAGUGCAGAAUUUUAAAGUCAGACAAAUAUUUGCUAAAUAAAAAAAGGAAAUAGUAACACAAUAAAAACAAUAAUGAAGCUACAAGAACUACCAGUACCGAGUCAAUGUGCAGGGGUACGAGGUAGUUGAGGUAAUUGAGGUAGUACAGUAUGUAAAGCAGGUAGAUGUAAAAGUGACUAGGAAAUCAGGACAUAGUAACACAGAAAAUAAUAGUACAAUAAAAACUGUAAUGAGGCCAUGUACAAUGAGUACCAGUACCGAGUCAAUGUGCAGGGGUACAAGGUAGUUGAGGUAAUACAGUAUGUACAUGUGGGUAGGAGUAAAAGUAACUAGGCAAUCAGGAUAUAUAAUAAACAGAGUAGCAGCUGUUCAGGCCGCUGUUACUAUUAAUUUUUUCUUUUAUCAACCCCAUGUUCUCGUGUAUGACUCGUUUUCAGUAUGCCUGAGAUACAGUAUGUUAUUUCUACUAAAGUCGUUUUUUUUAAAGGGUUUUUGUUGUGCCAUGAUAACUUUGUUUCAUUUAAUAAUUUACCAACCCCCAAGCAAAAACACACAGAUAAUGCUCUGAUAAUUAUAUCAUGAUCUAGAAGAGUUUUGAGAUACUGUAUGCCCCACAUAUUACAUACAAACUGUUGGUUUACUCAAAAUGGUUUCUGACUACAGUGCUGGUUUGAGUUGACCUUGUAGUAAAUGUUGUGCCAAUGUCUUUACAAAUGGGACGUCCCACUCUUAGUUCUAGCAAUGUCUUGUCUUGCCUUGCUCUUUAAACCUCCCCUGCCCCCUGCCAUCUCCUGGCCUGGAUAUCAUGUCUGCCUUUGGUGAACCUUUUUUAUAAUGUUCUAUUUCUGUCCGCAUGCUGACGGUUGGGCAAACCACGUCAAAUAUAAGGGUGUGCACUGAACGAGAAACAGAUAGUAUAGAGCUAGACUAUUUCCUGUCUGACAUGCCCUAGAACCACAAGCAUGUGUUUCCACACACACGCUGGCCACUUUGGUGUCUCUCAAGCAAGCUGUUCACUGACCCCUCUGUAGCUCAUCCUCUCCAGAGUAGAUGUCUCCAGCCCCAUGGGCCCUCCAGUCUCCAUGCUGUCUUUAUGCACAUUGCAGAAAGAGAUGCUUGUGUUGGACGAGGCUAUACUCCAGAGAGAGGCUUCCCUCUUCUAUUAUGGUAACACAUUUCCAGACCAAUUAUCAUUAGUUAGUGUCUUCAUUAAUAUGUUUCCUUGAACAGUAAUCACUCAACAGCAGUCCAACAACGAUCAAAAUUAUACGUAAUUAGAAGUUUAAAUGGAGUUAUGGUGAUCACAAUUAAAUUAGUGACUAAAAAGUCAUCGGUUUACCAUGAUCUACAUCCCUGAUAAGGCCAUUGGAAUAAAAGGACCAUGCUGUCUUUUGUCCCAUUUUUCUAAUGUCGUACUGUACGGGGGCUUUCAGCAGAGGGGAUGCAUGUAACUUGUGCAAGUUUAAGCUGAACUUCAGGAACGUCUGUGCUAGCCCAGCAACACCAACAGGCUUUGUUUUUUCUCUGCCUUGUUUGUUUUGGGAUCUGUUCCCCCCUCUACCGCAACCCUCUGAGUUCUGGCUCAAAUCCCUUUUGGGAACUGAUUUAGCUGAAGGGAGGGUGAAUGAAGGUCUGAAGUAUUGCAAGGAAGCCUUUCAUAUUUCCGUGUCUAUGCUCAGAGGAAUGGCUAAAUACAAAUCUCUAGGGGAAAGAGGGAUGAGGCAAGAGAGAUGGGGGGAAAGGGAGGGAGGGGAACGAGAAAUAGAGAAAAUGGAGGAAAAAAAGAACAGAAAUGACGAAAAGGUGUAAGAACAAGAGAAUUGUAUUGUAUUUGGUCAAAACAAAGGUUUUGCAUCCCAUGCACACCAGGGGAUGCUAUCCUAACACCUUGGUACACAUGUACAGUACCCCAUUAACACAUUGGAUGAGGCACCUGCAUCCUCCUAAAUCACUGCUGGUGCACCCCAAGUUUAUGUUGUCUCAAACCUGGCCCUUACAUCUCACCACGGCUCUGGACUCUGCAGCGCUUCACCUCCCUGCCAUCAACACAACACAUUCCCUCUUCCAGUUCACCUGAAGCCAACCGCAGAGAUUCAAUGACUUCUAAGUCAUUACCUGAUAAAUACGUUUGAAAAAUUAAUUCCCAGCCAGAUGUGGCUUUGCGUCAUCUUCUCAUCUUCUCUAUUCCCUCCUGAACUAAGGCAUUAUACAGUUACAGUAUAGAGACCCUAUAGGGCCUCUGUAGGGCCCAGAGCAUGUGGAGACCUGAGGCUUACAGGACAGUAGGAGAAGCUCUUACAUCAUUAGCUGGAAGUCUUUGCCCUUUGGCAUAAGCAAUGGUUACAAACCAGGGUCAAGACAAUAGGGGUUCUAAGCAUAACCAUUAACCUCUGUCAGAGAUAGAAACUAUUUAGGUCUAACAAAGCAUGUUUAAACCACUAAUUGGAUUUAUGUGAACAGAAUAAGAAAAGGAACACUAAUUUCAUAUAGAAUCAAUUUUGCUGUGUAGAGAUGUGAACGUGACGUAAAACUGACAGAAAGCAAUAUUAUCAUAUUCUUUAAUUCCUUACUUGCUCCAAGCUUCUCCACAUCCUCCCCUCCCACCAAUAUCACUUGUUCUUUCCCAUCAUAUUUCCAUGUGAGUUUCUGCUUUUCCCUCUCAUCUAUCUCCUACUGACGGCAUUGAUUUCUGUGGGAUGUAAAUAUGAGCUGCAUUGUUUAUUCUGUAGUUGGUUUGUUGUUGUUUUGGUUUCAAUUCUUAUUUUCUGUGCUCAGACCUAAAGCGGUGUUGUGGAGACCAGGUCCAAACGCAAAAUAUGGCUUCUCUUUGAGUAUAUUAUUGUCAGAAAAUGUUUUGUAAAAAUUUUGAUGACGAAAUCAAAAAUAAAGAAAUUUAAAGGUUAA